AUGAAAAGAUCUACAAGUGUGCACACGAGGAGAAUGAUCAGUUGGCCGCUCGAGAUGCUGCUUCGACUGUUCGGUAUUUGGCCCGGUGUUUCAUAUGGUCCGCUUUGCAAAGUGUUCUGGCUGAUCGUAAUGAUAACCAACACGUCUUUUCAAUACUUAUUUCUUAUACUUGACGCGCGUUCCACCAAGUUCAUAUACGCAUUCCCUGGGACUCUGUCGAUGAGCAUGAAGCUCGUUAAGCUAAUCAUUUUCUGGUCCAAUCAACGAAGAUUUGACGAGAUGUGGGCAACGGUGUCGAUGAAUUGGCAGCGCGGCAAUGGCUACACGGACGCAGCUGGCACGACUGGCAAAAAGCAGGCGGUGCAUUAUUUGGCCAACUUCGUUGUGGCGUUCAGUUCGGCGUCGGUAGUGUUGAACUCAUUCGAGAAUCUUUCGGCCGGAAUUCAUUACGACGAGGCUUCCAACGGGACACGUCCGUACGUUAUGUCGAUGCAUCUUCCAUUCGACGUUAAUAGGCAAAGCGUGUAUCUGUCCGUGAUAUUUCUACAAUUUUUCUAUCUGCUCGUCACUACUGCCGUUGGCGCCACCACUAAUUCGGUUCUUAUCAUUUUGAUGCUGUAUUUAGGUGACCAGAUCGAUAAUGUUUGUACAUGUUUGACGAAGAUGCCGCAGGGGGAGAACAACUGCAGGACGAACGUGAUUAUACGGAAGGAAAUAAUCCAAAAACACCAGAGUGUCAUUACGUUUUCGGAAAGCGUCGAGUCCAUGUACACAUACAUCGCGUUAAUGUUGAUCAUACUUAAUACUUUGAUUACCUGCACCCUAGGUUUUAUUCUCGUCACAUCUGUUGGAUCGCCCCAUUUCACCAAAAUGUUGACGAAGAACCUCUUGUUCUAUUGCGUGAUUAACACUGAGACAUUCGUAUUCUGCUUCGCCGGAGAAUACAUAAGCGCCAAGAGCCGACAGAUCGGCGAGGCUGCAUACAGUUCGCCCUGGUAUCAGUCCAAGUUCCACGGUCACGCCGCUUUAUUCAUGAUAAUAAGAUCGCAGAAUCAGUUGACAUUUACAAUGGGGAAAUUCGCGAAUCUCUCAUUGGAGCUGUUUUCCACUAUUAUAAAAACUUCGGCGUCCUACGUGUCCGUACUGUUGGCGAUAUACUGAAGAGAAUACACACGCUCCGUGUUCGUAAUAAAUAGUGACAAGUUAACUAUUAGUACGUAGAUAGGAAUUAAAGAAAUUUCGCACAUGAUUCACAGUUGGGAAACGUCUUUCUUCUUUCUGAUUUCCAAUGCGCGGAUGGUCAAUGACUAAAUCACUUAGAAGUCAGACCAAUACGGCCAAGCCUGAAAUACGCAAAGUUCACACCACACAGAGCACCAU